AUGAAGGGACGUCACUCUAAGAAUUCAUCUCGCGGAGGGGGUUCGUCUGGCCGCCUGGGUUUUUCUGCUGAGAAGCAGUAUCGCGUUGCGGGUUCUACGUUCCCUCCCUUGCCACUGGUCCGCGAUGAUCGUUUCAUUGAGAAGCAACCAGAAAUUCUUCCCGCUGCUGGCUCGGCGGUUAAGGGCUUUCGGGACGACUACAAGUCAUAUCUGAAGGCGAAGGCGAAACUGAAAAAGAUGAAGGAGCUCAACGACAAGGGCGAGAUACUUCACAGUAUCCGCACGAAGGCGGUGGAGUUCCAGACAAAGUACGCCACCAUCAAGGAGAAAUCUGCAGGGCUCGUCGCAGCAACGCAUCUGGAGAACCAGAAACGUCUCCAGGCGGAUUUCAUUUCGUCUAAAGAAGCGGAGGUCGAGGAAAUUCUGGCAGCGAGCAACUCGCAUGUCACGGUUUUGGCAACAAAGCUCGAGGAGUACAUACAAAGCCUUUCCGCCGACCCAGAGCUGGUGGUGUCUGACGCCGCCAAGGAGCGAUUUCGUCGCUUGAAGGGACGCUGCAUCGAAAAGGUUAACUCUGAGAUUGCUGCUGCUAAGGAUGAGAUCGUCAUCCGAGAACUGGAUCGACAGCGAAAGCAGGCCGCUGAGGACUUGAAGAAAGCCGCUGCCGCGGAGGAACUGAAGGAGAUGGAUACAGAGCUGUCGAUGGAGGAGAUCCUGAAGAACCACACUAAGAAGAUGGCGGAUCAGCUUCGCAGGGAGAUCACAGCGAGUGUUGAAGCCAAGCUAUCGAAGAAGUUCGAGAAGGAGCUCUCUCUGGGUGAACAGGAACCUACGACAGCCUCCAACGCGGACUCCAAGGCUAAGAAGGAGAAGAACGAUGCGCCUUCGAAGCCGAGAAGGAAGCGCGGAGCUAAGAAGCCGAAAACGCAGAACUCCAACGGUGACGACGGACAGCAGGGGAAAGGCGCCAACAACAACGACAAAUCCAGCGCCAAGGGUCCAAAAAACGGCGGAGGCGGCCCCGGAAAAGGGCCGCGCAACAAGUAA